AGAAAACCCAGCGCAUAACACCCUCUCUUUCUCUCUCUCUCCCCCCCAUCAGAAAACCCUAAUCGGCCAAUUCGAAUUCGAAUUCCAGCCACCACCCAUAAUCCUCUCUUCUCUUCGAAGAACAGCCACUACCCACCAUCCCACUUCAGAGCUCAAACUCAUCACCGAACCCUUCUCUCCAUUCUCUCUCUCUGUCGCCCUCUCUGUCCGAGCUCUCUCUGUCGCUGCUCCUCGCCGUGGGUCGUCGCCGCUUCUCUGCUCCUCCCGUGCGUCGUUUCUGCUUCUCCCCUCCUCGUCGUUUCUGCUUCUACCCUCCUUGCCGGCGUCGUUUCUGCUUCUCUGCUCCGCACCGUGUCUCGCCGUCGUUGUUUCUCCGUCGUUGCUUCUCUUUCUUCGCGUGGAGUCUUUUGUCUCUGCUUCAACCCUCUCAGGUCUCAGGUACUUUCUCAUGUUUUUAGAUUGGUACUCCGUACUCGUUAUGGCUUCUCCUGCGCAUUUUGACGAUGAUUUUGAUUUCGGAGGCGGAUUCCCUGCAAGGCAUUCAGGUAAUAAGAGGCCUUUGCCGGAUUACGACGAUGAAGAUUAUGAUAAUGAUCCUUUUGCGCCUAAGAAGACCAAAUCAAAAACCGAUGAGGUUGCUUCUGGUGUAACAACAGGAAUGAUCGUGUCACUUCGUGAGAGCCUUCAGAACUGUAAGGAUACACUUGCAACGUGCCAAAAUGAACUUGAGGCUGCUAAAUCUGAGAUUCAAAGUUGGCAUUCUUCAAUUCAAAAUGAGCCUUGUGUACCUGCUGGUGGCACUCCUGAGCCCAAAAUGUUGCUUGAUUAUCUUCAGGCCCUGAAAUCCUCAGAAGAGUCUUUAAGAGAGCAGCUUGAAAAGGCAAAGAAAAAGGAAGCUGCGUUCAUUGUAACAUUGGCAAAACGAGAACAAGAGAUCGCAGAGUUGAAGUCUGCUGUGCGGGAUCUAAAAGCACAACUCAAGCCACCUUCAAUGCAGGCAAGAAGGUUGUUACUAGAUCCAGCUAUUCAUGAAGAGUUCACGCGUUUAAAGAAUUUAGUAGAGGAAAAGGAGAAAAAAGUGAAGGAGUUGCAAGAUAACAUAAAUGCAGUAAGCUUUACUACUCAAAGCAAGAUGGGGAAGAUGCUGAUGGCUAAAUGUAGAACUCUGCAGGAAGAAAAUGAGGAGGUUGGGAAUCAUGCUUCUGAGGGAAAGAUUCAUGAAUUAGCCAUGAAAGUUGCAUUGCAGAAGUCCCAGAAUGCACAAAUCAGAAGCCAGUUUGAAGGGUUGCAGAAACAUAUGCAAGGACUGACAAAUGAUGUGGAAAGAUCCAAUCAAACGGUUGUAAUAUUGCAGGAAAAAUUACAAGAUAAGGAUCAGGAGAUUCAAAAACUGAAACAAAAGCUCCAACAAAAGAAUUUGAUGAUGGAAGAUGGGAGAUCGGAUGCAGCAGAAAAAUUUAUUGAGAGUGAUAAACCGGAAGUACCUAAGGAAGCUGCCAACUAGUAUAUCUGUCACCAAGUUUGCAGCAGACGUUCAUUUUUUUUCCGAUAUUUAGCUCUAUACUCGCUCUAUAGAAUGAUAAGCAGAAAAAUAGUGCAUUGGCAAGUGAGCAAUAUCUUUAUCAGUUUCGACGAGGCCAUCCCAAGCCUGCACUUUCAAUGUUUCCAACUGGUUGAACAGGGUUCCAACAGGCCCUUGGUCGAACUGCCAAGCCCUUCUCCCUGUGCAUUAUUGUUAGAUGUAAGCAUAUAACGUUACUUCAGUAGACAAAUCUCAAACCCUAAAUUCUAAAGAUAUUAUAUGAUAAGUUGAUAACCCA